CCGGCUUAUUGAUCGUGUUCAGUCAUCCACCUUGCUAGAAGACAGAAGAGAUGGCUGCCGAGCUCUCAAGGCAAUGUCACGGAAAUAUAGGGUGCUUGUUGGAGCACACGGCAUGGAUUCAUUAUUACAGGUUCUGGAGUCUGAUAGGAAUGACCAUGAGAUAGUCAACUAUGCACUAGAAACAUUAGUAAACAUUACAGCUCCAGAGGUCUUCCCUGAAGAAACUGAGGACAGUGAAACCACUGUUGAAAAUCAAUCAUCAGAGAUAGGGGAACAGUUUACAGAAAUCCUCACUAAACGACAGGAAAACAUCGCCCUCCUGGUCUCCUUACUGGAUGAGUUUGAUUUCAAAGUGCGAUAUCCAACGAUAAAGCUGCUCACAAACCUACUUAAAAACAGACCCAAAGACCUACAGGAAGUUAUACUUGUGAUUCCAAGUGGAGUUUCCAAGCUCAUGGACCAGCUUUCUGACAGCCGUGAAGUUAUCAGAAAUGAUACUCUGUUGCUGUUAACUCAGCUAACCAAGAGCAACACCAACCUCCAGAAGAUAGUAGCUUUUGAGAAUGCCCACGACCACCUGUUUGACAUCAUCCGAGAAGAAGGUUAUGCUGACGGUGGUGUCGUAGUAGAAGAUUGCCUGAUCCUAAUGCUCAAUCUGCUCCGGAACAAUCCAUCCAAUCAGACAUUUUUCAAGGAGGGAAGUUACAUUCAGCGGUUAACCUCCUUCUUCACAAUCCCUCUUGAUGCCAAAGAUGGAUGGUCAGCACAGAAAGUAACCAAUAUUCACUAUAUGCUCCAGCUGGUGCAGACACUGGUGGCCCCACAGAACUCAGCACAGGUGGUAACAUCCUGCCAGAAGGUGAUGAACCAGUGUGGCCUCCUUCAGGCACUCACAGGUCUCCUUAUGGCCACAGGUGUACCUGUUGACAUCCUCACUGUCACCAUCACUACAGUGGCUGAUAUGAUAAGGGGAAAUCAGCAAAACCAGGAGUUCUUUGCAGAUAUGAUGGCUCCCUCAAAUCCACCAAGACCAGCUAUUGUAGUCCUGCUAAUGUCAAUGGUGAAUGACAAGCAGCCCUUCAUCCUGCGCUGUGCUGUCCUCUACUGCUUCCAGUGUUUCCUCUACCGGAAUCAAACAGGCCAAGCGCAGAUCAUCCAGACCCUUCUUCCACAGACAGCAGAUGUCGUUCCAGGAGCCAAACCCUUUCCCAAUUCUGUAACUGCUGGCCAACUCCUAUGCAGUGGGCUCUUUUCCCUCGAUCCCGUUUCAAAUUGGUUUGCUGCGGUUGCCCUGAGCCAUUCCCUUGUCGAGAACAUUGCCCAGAAGGAAAACAUGUUGAGAGUCCAGCUGGCAACCAGUGUUGGGAGUCCCCCAGUGUCCUUAAUGCAGCAGUGCACAUCCAUCCUGCAGGCAGGAACAAAGAUACCAACACGACUGGGCAUCCUCAUGCUCCUCUCUACCUGGCUGUCACACUGUCCUGUUGCUGUACAAAAUUUCCUCUCCAUACCCACAGCUGUGCCAUAUCUUACCGCCCAUGUCCAAGCAAAUGAACAUGAUGAGUUGGAGUUAGUGUGUCAAGGCCUUUGUGCUUUCGUACUGGGCUUAUGUGGCCAGUUCAAUGACGGGAGUAGCAGUAAUUUCUCCCAGGAGAGUCUUCGACAGCUUGUAAGUGAUCGCAUCGGUGCAGAAAACUUCAGCGACAAGUUGAGCAAUAUAUCCAGGACUGAAGCCUAUACAAAAGCAGCCAAAUCUCCGCAGCUGUCAGCCAAACAAUCUUCCGACCUUGUGUUUGAUCAUGAAUUCUGCCGACUUUUCAAAAGCCUGGAAGUGUCCGCUUUGCGAGCAGUGACCCCACAGUUAGUAAAUGGCACAAGCACAGAAGUCAGUCCAGCAGAAGUGAAAAAAUAUAAAGACAUUAUUCGCGAUCAGGAUGCGGAAAUGACUCACUUGAGGGAGCAGCUGAGUAAAUUCCAAAGUGAUUUAGAGCAAAUAGGCUCUGAGAAGGAGAGCCUCACCUCAAAAGUCCAACAGCUUCAUGACGAAAAUACAGUUCUGAAGGCACAACAAGGUAUGGCAGCUGGUGUUGCCAUUGCCAAUAGUGCUGACACUACCUCUGAGGGCACCAGUUCCAACACAGAACAGAUUAGUCAACAGCUGGCAUAUGUACAGCAGCAGUUGGCUGAAAUGACCCAUGCUAGAGACUAUUACUAUUAUGAAAUGGUUAAGAAAGAUCAAGAGCUAACAACUAUGCAGCAGCAGCAGCAGAAUGGCCCAGGACAGCAAGCAGUGGCAGUAAAUGGAUUGCAGACCAGUGCAGACCAUGCAACAGCCAACCCAGAGCUGGAGAAUGUUCGGAAACAAUUGGAGGACCUCCAGCUUGUACUCUACAACAAGGAUUCAGAAAUCCAGCAGCUAAAGGAGAAGGUUGCAGAACCAGCGGCCAAUGAAACCUCAAAAGACAAUGCAGCGGAGUCACAGGAGGUCACUGUCAUCCAAAAGGAGUUAGAGGCUGUAAAAGCAUCAAAAGCAACAUUAGAACAAGAAAAGGCAUCAUUGGAGUUGCAGCUAAAAGAUAUUCAGAAUGAGAACAAUCAACUGAAGACACAGUUAGCAACAGCCUCUGUAGCAGGAACUAAUGCUGGAGCUGCAGCUGCUUGCACUAAAUGUGAAGAUUUACAGGCUGAAUUAAAAGGCAUUCAGGGAGAGCAAGAGGACCUUUUAGUACUUGUAACAGACCAAGACAGUAAGAUGGCAGAAUACAGAAGGAAACUCAGGAGUUAUGGUGAAGAUGUCACUGAUGACGAAGAUGAGGAUGAUGAAGAUGGAGACUAUGGUAUUCCUGAUGAUUAUGACGAAGACCUGGAGGAUCUUCAGUGACAGUUAGUUUUUUCCUAAGGACUCUACUCAGCUACCCGAAAAGACUUGCAGCAAACACUUCCCAUGCUGACCUACCAUUGGAGAUCACCCUACAAGAAACCAGUUCCAGAGACCAGUGACAGAUUCAGUAAUGUGGUCCUUUUGCACAAUGCCAACACAUUAAGGAGCACAAAGAUCAAGCAUAUAAAAUUAUUACACAUUUGCAGAUCUCUAGAUGCAUCAGCACAUAUCUUAAUAUGUGCCUUCUAUGUGGCAUGUGCCAGUCCAUGAAAUAAGUGAUAAUGGUAUAAUUACUCUUUAAAAAUGUUAAAAGACAUAGGCUUGAAAGUCAGACAGAAGAAUUUGCAUAUGGUGUUGGCAUACCCAGGAGUAUGAAUAUUUAAGAAAUGAUAAAAAUGGGCAAACUUGAAGAGAUGUUUGAGAUGGACAGUUUACACUAUGUGUAAUGUGUAUUUUUGAUAUUGUUGGCUCAGCCCCAUAACACAGUUGAUGAUGUAAGUGUGUAAAUUAUGAAGUUGUUAACUAUGAAGAUUAUAUUGUACUUUGUGAUAAUUUUGUUGCAUUAUAGAUAUAUAACUGUUAGGCUGUCUGUAUGCAGUAGAUUUUCACACAUGACAAUUUGAAAUGUCAAAUAUCUCUUAUCACAAUCUAGGAUGAUAUUUUAAAGAUGUUCAUAUUCAGACUGAACUUUCCUGUAUAUAAAUCCAAACUUCUAUCCUAUAUCCCAACAGUUCUAUUCUUCAGCUAACGUUAUUACAAGAUUUAUAAAGAAUAAAAACUGUAUUGUAAUGUACAUUUUAUGUCUUGUGUAUAUAUUGGAGUGAAUGCUGGAAAUUGCCAUGGAAUUCAUUUAUGAUUGAUAGGUGCUGUUUAUGUUGAAGAAAUCUUUCUUUACCAUUUUAUUUUGUGAACUUUCCUUUAUAAAAAAGUGGAAUCAA